AUGGCCUUAUGGCUUGUACUAACAAUAGAAAAAAUACGAGUUACUACCACAGAUGCUCGUCUCUUUGAGGGCACUCUCAUAAGUUAUGAUCACUCAACAAACAUGAUUCUAGGUGAUACAAUCGAGCGUGUGAUCUACCCAGAUGACGAGAAUCAAAUGCUACUGUUAGGAGUCUACCUACUUCGUGGCGGAACUGUUGUUUGUGCUGGGGAAGUCGACGAAAGUGAACACGUUGAUUGGAUGAAAGUCAAAGGACAAGAACUAAAAGGCACAAAAAACCCGCUCUAG